AUGACCUCAAAUGCUCCUGAAACUCGCGGCACCAUAAACCUAACCAACAGCACCAUACAGCUCCCCACAAAAACAACCUCCCACCUCAGCUACACUUUCUCGCCUGGAACACCAACAACAAAAACCCUGGUAGUCUUCCUCAACGGUCUGAUACUCCCAAAGUCAUCCUGGAAGCCCACAAUCAUAGCGACACAAACCAAAUGCUUUGAGAACAACAUUCCGCAACCGCAUUUACUUUCGUAUGAUCGAUAUGGGCAAGGAGACUCUGAUGCACACCCAGAUGAUACACACGAUACUGGCUCUGUGGUGAAUGACUUGCAUACUUUCCUUACCACCUUCUGCGAGCAAGAACUACGCUCUGCACUUUCCGCUUUUCGCAUGGUGCUGGUAUGCAAUUCCAUCGGCUGCGCUAUUGCUCGCCUCUACUGUGCUUCUCACCCCAGCACCAAUAUUUCUGGCCUCAUAUUCCUGGACUCUAUGAUGGCGCAUGUGGAUUUAGUUUCUCUAUGGCCUGAUGUUGACGCUCCUGGUUUCGAUAAGUCUACAUUGUCUGAGGGAACGACAAUCGAGGAAAUACGAAAUGUCAGGCAGCAAUACGAACAGCGCUUCCACGUCUCUGCGCCAAACUCCGAAAACCUGGAUCGAAGCGACCUAGCUCAAUUACUGCCACAAGCUGGAAGUCCGAAGUUGCAAGGGAACCCUUUUCUUAUCAUCGUGCGUCAUGACGCAGAAACUUUUGCCGAGGAGAAUGAGAAAAGCUUCAAUGUGAGAAAAGAACUGGUGACAGACUACGUCCAGCCAGUUUGGGAUGAAUAUAACAAGCAACUUUCUCUACUGACUAGUGCAGAGAGAAGCAAAGGUCCGAUUGUUGCAAAAGGAUGUGGGCAUUUCAUUCAAAGGGACGAUCCGCAAUUUGUUGCUAGGGAGAUAUGCGAGAUGUUGCAAAAGUUGGAGGGAAAAGAGUAA